GUGCUGUAAUCUUCGAUUUCAGGUGUAAUAAAAUUCGAAGUUAUCAAGACAAAUAGAGGUCACAGUCUUCUAAUGAUCAACAGUUAUACGUUCAACCAGCCUUCCAAAACUGCCAACACCUGGACCUGCUCGAGCAGGACGUCGGUGCAGGCUUGCAAAGCGAGAGUCAUAAAGGACGCUGAAAUCAAGUAUGAAAUAAUAAAAACGAAUAGAGGCGUCCAUCUUCUAAUGAUAGACAGUUACACGUUCAACAAAACCUCAAGAAUGGCCAACACUUGGACUUGCUCAAGUCGAAUGUCGCAGUGCUGUAAAGCUAAACUCAUUAUUCACGGGGACACUAUAAAGUCAUGUUUCUUAGGCCACAACCACCCUCCUCCGCAUUAUAUGAAAACGGCUAAUGGCGUUUAUAUCAAAGUAGUGUGAGAUAAACGCCAAAAACACAAUGGCCAAUUUCUAAGGCCCGAGCCAAUAUGUUCUAUUUAUACAAUAAAAAUCGUAUCAAUCGUUUUUAAUAUACAAGAUUAUUAUAUUUUAUUAAAUGUUAUAAAAUAGCGGGUAAUGCACAGGAGAAAACGGGUCAUCAAUCAGUCUAAAAUUCAGGAGUACCUUUGGAUUAACAAAACAUUAUUAUAGAAGCUUCUACAAUUCUGUACAAAUUAAUGAAUAUACAUCUGUUUAUUAAUUGACUUAAGAUUGAACGUUAUUUAAUAGCAUUAAGAGCCUUUUAUUAGCUUGCUGUUUGAUUGUAUGAUUGAUUGAUGUUUGUAUGUAACGAAAUAUUUCAAUUCAUUUACUCUGACUUUAAGACGUCCGAUGAACUUUAAAAUUUAUUAUCGCAUUAACGACAGAUGAUCACAAAUACAAUAAUUUUAUAACAUCUCUCUAAUAUAUUAUAGCGUGAUCAGUAUCAGUAGGGUAAAAAACUCCAUUUAUUAUUGAUGAAGCAUCUUCAAUAUGUUUGUGGAUGGAUGGUCACUGGAAAUCAAAUUAAACUACAAUGAUACAGCCAUAGAAAUAUGACUUGUUAAUUAAUGGAUAAAGAUUAAAAAUUGUCAAGCGAGCUUAUGAAGCGUUUUUAAUAUUUUUCAAAGAUAU